CCAGAUAGCUUAAACUUAUUGUUUUCUUGAUCAAUUUUUAGUCUAACUGAAAGUUCUCUCUUUCAGAUACCUGCUCAAAAUCAAAAAAUUACUGCUCAUACUUGGUGACUAAGGGAAUUACUAAGACUCCUUUCUUGCUUAUUUCUGAGUAUUGUCUGAACUAUUCCUGACACUAUGAAUGCUAUUUGGAUGCUUCUUAAGUCUGUUCUCUGGGGAGGCAGUAAGGGGCCGUGGAGCUGGCCUCGGCACCGGGAGAGGCUGGACUUCCUGUCUCUCUGUGCUGAAUGGCUGCGAUGGCGCCCGCUCUCACUGACGCAGCAGCUGAAGCACACCACAUCCGAUUCAAACUGGCUCCCCCAUCCUCCACCUUGUCCCCUGGCAGUGCCGAAAAUAACGGCAACGCCAACAUCCUUAUUGCUGCCAACGGAACCAAAAGAAAAGCCAUUGCUGCAGAGGAUCCUAGCCUAGACUUCCGAAAUAAUCCUACCAAGGAAGACUUGGGAAAGCUGCAACCACUGGUGGCAACUUAUCUCUGCUCUGAUGUAACAUCUGUUCCCUCAAAGGAGUCUUUGAAAUUGCAAGGGGUCUUCAGCAAGCAGACAGUCCUUAAAUCUCAUCCUCUCUUAUCUCAGUCCUAUGAACUCCGAGCUGAGCUGUUGGGGAGACAGCCAGUUUUGGAGUUUUCCUUAGAAAAUCUUAGAAACAUGAAUACAAGUGGUCAGACAGCUCUGCCACAAGCACCUGUAAAUGGGUUGGCUAAGAAAUUGACUAAAAGUUCAACACAUUCUGAUCAUGACAAUUCCAGUUCCCUCAAUGGGGGAAAACGAGCUCUCACUUCAUCUGUUGUUCAGGGGAGUGAAGUGGGAGGAUCUGAAUCUGGGGACUUGAAGGGGGGUAUGACCAAUUGCACUCUUCCACAUAGAAGCCUUGAUGUAGAACACACAACUAUAUAUAGCAAUAAUAGCACUGCAAACAAAUCUGUCAAUUCCAUGGAACAACCAGCACUUCAAGGAAGCAGUAGGUUAUCACCUGGUACAGACUCUAGCUCUAACUUGGGAGGUGCCAAGUUAGAGGGUAAAAAGUCUCCCCUGUCUUCCAUUCUCCUCAGUGCUUUAGAUUCCGACACAAGGAUAACAGCUUUAUUGCGGCGACAGGCAGACAUCGAGAGCCGUGCCCGCAGGUUACAGAAGCGCUUACAGGUUGUGCAAGCCAAGCAGGUGGAGAGGCACAUACAACAUCAGCUGGGUGGAUUUUUAGAGAAGACUUUGAGCAAACUGCCAAACUUGGAAUCCUUGAGACCCCGGAGCCAAUUGAUGCUGACUCGGAAGGCUGAGGCUGCCUUGAGAAAAGCUGCCAGUGAGACCACCACUUCAGAGGGACUUAGCAACUUCCUGAAAAGUGAUUCGAUUUCAGAGGAAUUGGAGAGAUUUACAGCUAGUGGCAUAGCCAACUUGAGGUGCAGUGAACAAGCAUUUGAUUCUGAUGUCACGGACAGUAGUUCAGGAGGAGAGUCUGAUAUUGAAGAGGAAGAACUGACCAGAGCUGAUCCUGAACAGCGUCAUGUACCCCUGAGACGCAGGUCAGAAUGGAGAUGGGCUGCAGACCGAGCAGCUAUUGUCAGCCGCUGGAACUGGCUUCAGGCUCAUGUUUCUGACUUGGAAUAUCGAAUUCGGCAGCAAACAGACAUUUACAAACAGAUACGUGCUAAUAAGGGAUUAAUAGUUCUUGGGGAGGCACCUUCCCCAGAGCACACAACGACAGACUCAUUUCUUCCACUUAGUUCUGAGGUGAAGACAGAUCAUGGGACUGAUAAGUUGAUUGAAACUGUUUCUCAGCCACUAGAAAACCAUGGUGCCCCCGUUGGUCAUAUUUCUGAGUCAUUGUCUACCAAAUCGUGUGGAGCACUAAGACCCGUUAAUGGAGUUAUUAAUACUCUACAGCCUGUCUUGGCAGACCACAUUCCAGGUGACAGCUCUGAUGCUGAGGAACAAUUACAUAAAAAGCAACGACUGAAUCUAGUUUCUUCUUCAUCUGAUGGCACCUGUGUGGCAGCCCGAACACGUCCUGUACUGAGCUGUAAGAAACGGAGGCUUGUUCGACCCAACAGCAUCAUUCAUCUUUCCAAGAAGGUUCAUCGGAAUAGCACAAUCCGCUCUGCGUGUGAUGUGAAUCCCUCCUGCGCAUUGUGUGGUUCAGGCAGUGUUAACACUGUGCCUCCUGAAAUUCACUAUGAAGCCCCUCUGUUGGAACGUCUCUCCCAGUUGGACUCUUGUGUUCACCCUGUUCUAGCAUUUCCAGAUGAUGUUCCCACAAGCCUGCACUUCCAGAGCAUGCUGAAAUCUCAGUGGCAGAACAAACCUUUUGACAAAAUCAAACCUCCCAAAAAGUUUUCACUAAAACACAGAGCACCCAUACCAGGCAAUCUGUCAGAUCCAUCUCGUAGAGACAGGCACAAGUUGGUCAACUCCUUCCUAACCACAGCCAAGCUGUCCCAUCACCAAACCCGGCCUGACAGGACCCACAGGCAGCACUUAGACGAUGUGGGGGCCGUGCCCAUGGUGGAACGAGUGACAGCGCCAAAAGCAGAGCGCUUGCUCAACCCACCGCCACCCGUGCAUGACCCAAACCACAGCAAAAUGAGAUUGCGAGACCAUUCAUCUGAGAGAAGUGAAGUGUUAAAGCAUCACACAGACACAAGCAGUUCAAACUACUUGGCAGCCUCUCAGCAUCCACCGCACAGUCCCUUGGUGCGACAGCUCUCCACCUCAUCAGACUCCUCCGCACCCACCAGCUCUGGCUCACAGGUUACAUCCAACACAUCUCAGCCAGUGAGGAGGAGAAGGGGAGAGAGCUCAUUUGAUAUUAACAACAUAGUCAUCCCAAUGUCUGUUGCUGCAACAACCCGUGUAGAGAAACUACAAUACAAGGAAAUCCUGACACCCAGUUGGCGAGAGGUUGAUCUUCAGUCUCUGAAGGGAAGUCCUGAUGAGGAGAACGAGGAGAUUGAGGACCUAUCAGAUGCAGCAUUUGCCGCCCUGCAUGCCAAAUGUGAGGAGAUGGAGAGAGCACGGUGGCUGUGGACCACAAGUGUGCCACCCCAGCGGCGGGGCAGCAGGUCUUACAGGUCAUCAGACGGCCGGACAACCCCCCAGCUGGGCAGUGCCAACCCCUCCACCCCCCAGCCUGCCUCCCCUGAUGUCAGUAGUAGCCAUUCUUUGUCGGAGUUUUCCCAUGGUCAGUCUCCUAGGAGCCCCAUUAGCCCGGAACUGCACUCAGCUCCCCUCACACCUGUGGCUCGGGACACUCCACGACAUUUAGCCAGUGAAGAUACCCGUUGUUCCACGCCAGAGCUGGGGCUGGAUGAACAGUCUGUCCAGCCAUGGGAGCGGCGCACCUUUCCCCUGGCAUACAGUCCCCAGGCAGAGUGUGAGGACCAGCUGGAUGCACAGGAACGCGCAGCCCGCUGUACUCGGCGUACCUCAGGCAGCAAGACUGGCCGGGAGACAGAGGUGGCACCCACCUCACCUCCUGUUGUCCCCCUUAAGAGUCGGCAUUUGGCGGCAACAGUCACAGCUCAGCGCCCAACUCACAGAUGAGCGGGAGACAAGAAUCUAAACAGACUAACUAUUGGCAUUAAAGCUUCAGAAAUCUCUGCGUUUGAUAUUCAAACAUCAUAUGCUGGAAAUUUUCACAGUUUUUAGUGAAUUUAAGGAAUUUAGAUCCUACUUUGGUUAUUUUUUUCCUUGUUUUAAUUUUCGUUUUGUUUUUGUUUCCAUGUUUUCUUGUCACACACACCUGAGCACUUCCUCCAGUUGGCAAACAGAAGUUCAGGAUAAGACCCUUCUGGCCUAGUCCUGGCGCUUCCUCUGCACUGUUGAAUCACUGGACUUAACUGAUGUUAUAGAUGAGCAUCCCUCCCUUACACCUGUGGACAGGGUGGGACAGCUGCCUGGGCAGAGAGAAUAGGGAGCUCCAGUUCAGCAUUGCCUUCUUUAGUGAGGGUAGGACAGAGCAAGCUCUGGGCUCUUACCCUCUCCCCUGCCAUCUGUGGCUUGGCUCAGCCCUGGCCCUCCUGGCUAGGUCCCCCUUGGUUUUCUGUGCUGGAGCCCCCUCAUUAGAGCCUCUUUGCCAUAACUGCCUGGUGCUCUCAUUGAGCUCUCAGCAGGUAGAGUGGCUUCCCCUGUCACCUAGAUCUUGGAAACCUAUUUCAUUUUCAUCUGCAUUUGGUCAUGUCUGUCUUGACUCCUUAACUGCAGUAACCUGGCUGAGGCUGCUCAGGUUCCCCUAACCCAGGCCUAGCACACAGCCACACAUGCCAGCCCUUCCUCUCGGAAUGGUAUUACUGCCUAUCUUGACCUAUGAAGGUGGGAUUAGGACUACUUAACCUCUGCUCUCACCCUGCUGCAAACCAGGGGAUCUGGGAAGUGAGCAGCCAGCUCCCCUGUGUAAUGUUGUUUUCACUGACUAAUUCACUCUGUCAUGUUUCCCUCACAUCCAGGUUCCUGUCAGUGUCAGUUAGACUCUUCCUCUUUCACGUUCCCCUUGCCUGUGGAACAUGUCUGGUCCUAGCUGUGGUUUCCAUCAUUCCCCCAUCACCCUUCUUUGUUAACCUUGUGCCUGUCUCAUGUAUAAUCACAUCACCAAAAAGGGGGAGGGGGGAAAGGACUUUUUUUUUGCCAUUUUGUAAUCGUAUAAAAAUAGUAGACAAACUGCUUAAUGGUUGGGGUUUUUUCACAAUUUUCAACAUUAGUGAUUUUUUUCUUUUUUGGGUUCUGUUUGCAAGUUAAAGGGUUUGUCAUUGUUUCUUUAAAAAACAAUAAUGCACCAUAUCCCUAUGCAUAAAGUGCUUCUUCUAUUUAUAAGGUUGAAAAUUCUGAAUAACCCUUUUAGCAUUGUAAAAAAAAGAAAAAAACAAAAAUUGAAAAAAAAAACUUGUAUUUUGUAAAUAUUUUCUUUUCCUGCUUUGAGCUGUGUAAUGGCAGCGAAACACGUAGCUGUCUUUGUUCUAUAGAAAUGCUUUUCUUCAGAGAAGCUGAUCUUUGUUAAUGUCUUGAUUCUGUUCGCAAAGCACAGACUAGUGCUUAAAAAAAAGGAAAGAAAAAUUGAAAAAAAUAAUAAAAAAAAAAGAGUUACAGAA